AUGCAGCUGCUUCGACUACUGGCCACAUUAUGGGUUUUGCUGAAUGCUGGCAUGGUUCAUGCCAACAGACAAAAGAUCAACGAGAAAGUGAUUCAGACAUGCUCUGGAAUGUACUCUAAGGAAGAUUGGGGAGGUAAGGUUGAUCCUUUCAUCUCAUUUAAUAUGAAGCAGAUUAGCGAAUUAGCCGAAAACGAUCCGGGAGUCAUUGUAGCGAUUUUUGAUUAUCAAGAUUACCAACAUUUAGGCGCAAAAACAAAUGAUGACAGGAAUUAUUAUGUAUGUGAUGAUUAUGCUAUUGAGUUGAGCCUUUGUGAUGCCGAGCAUAAGAACGAGUUCAUUGUAAGAGACAUUGCCUAUGAUCCAUUUACAGAAACCAACAGAACUUUGGUCAAUCAGGUGAUGACAUUUUCGCAAGACACUGUGGGAUUACAUGACACCAAGUAUCCGGUAUUAAAAACCGGUUACUUUUGUGUAGCUGCAAUCUCAAGCUCUGACAACACCAAGUUUAAUGCUGUCAUCAAUUUCAGAAAUGCCUAUGGUAAUUUAGCGGCCGCUGAGGUUAACAAAUUACCGCUUUAUGGGCUAUUGGCUAUUGGAUACGUCAUUGCAAUGGCACUGUAUUCGUUUGCAUUCUGGAAACACAAGCAUGAGUUAUUACCUUUGCAAAAGUACUUGUUGGCAUUCUUCGUUUUUUUAACAGCAGAGACAAUAUUCGUAUGGGCAUUUUAUAAUAUUAAAAACGAAAAAGGUGAUUCAGCUGGUUUAAAAGUAUAUGUUGUAUUUCUUGCCAUUUUAUCAGCGGGUAAGGUAACAUUUUCUUUUUUCCUUCUAUUGAUCAUUGCUUUAGGAUACGGUAUUGUUUUCCCCAAAUUGAACAAGACAUUGAUGAGGCGCUGCCAAAUGUUUGCUGCAUUUACUUACGCACUUUGUAUUGCGUUUUUGAUUCAAGACUAUUUACAAGAUCCUGACUCUCCCUCUCUGCUUAUUUUCAUUACGGUGGUUCCAUUAAUGCUCACUAUGUUCGCCUUUUACUUUAUGAUUUUGAAAUCAAUGACCAACACAGUCCGUUAUUUGAGAGAGCAAAGGCAAAUGGUCAAGUUGAACAUGUACAGAAAGUUACUUACAAUCAUUUAUGCUUCUCUUUUGAUUGUAGCAGCUGGUUUGGUAAUAUCUACUUUUGUCUUUGUAGGUAUGAAUACUAUCCAAAUGGUGGAGCAACAUUGGAGAACUAGAUUUUUCUUCACAGACUUCUGGCCAACGCUAGUUUACUUUGGGGUCUUUGUGAUCUUUACAUUUAUUUGGAGACCAACGGACACCUCCUAUAUGUUAGCAUGUUCUCAGCAAUUACCUACUGAUCCAGAAAACGUGGCCGAUUUCGAUUUGGAUGACUUACAAUCUUUGGGUGAACCAAGUAACAAUUUUGAUGACACAAUUAGAGAUGAUGAUAUGAUAUUUACUGAUGAUGAGGAUAAUGGAAACGAAAGAGAGAAUCAAAAAGCCAAUCAGGAGCCAAAUAAAAUGUCAAGUAAACCAACAUAA